UGCGCCAUCCCAGUGAGUCCCCAGCCCCCCCAGCUGCCCCUGCAAAACAGGUUCAGUGCUCUGCAGGGUCAGCUGGACAAUGGUGGUAAUGAUGGCUCUCCCCAGUUGGUGCUGCUCCCCAAGUCUGACCAGUCUUUGCCUAGCAUUAAAACUUCAUCGACUAGGAAAAAAUGACAGGUCAUUGUUAUUGGUGACUCUGCUGAAGGGAGCAGAAGGGCCAAUAUGUAGACCAAACCCUCUACACAGGGAGGUCUGCUGCCUCCCGUGUGCCCGGGUUAAGGAUAUGAGGAAGAAACUUCCUUUCCUAGUCUGGCCCACUGAUUACUAUCCCUUGCUGUUGUUUCAGGUUGGUAGUGAUGAUUUGGGCAGAACUUUCCUAAGGACUCUGAAAAAGGAUUUCAGAUCCUUGGGGAGACAGGUAAAGGAUUCAGGAGCACAAGUUGUAUUCUCCUCUAUCCCUCCAGUUAUAGGGAAUAAUGAGAGACUCAAUAUAAUGGGCCAAUGGAUUAAUAACUGGCUCAGAGCUUGGUGUGCCUGGUAGGGGUUUGAGUUUUUGACCUCAGCUCUGUUUACAUGAGACUGGGCCAGCUAGCGGCUGAUAGGAGUGGCUUCUCCCACCGGGUACGAAACGGGGUGGGGGUGUAACUGGGGUCACUAAUACGGAGCCUGAACGUAACAUCCCUGUGCUUGCAGGAGAGGGAUGUGCUUGUAAGACCCCAUGGUCUUGUGCCUUGGUGGAAGAGGAGAAUGACUCACCCCUUUGUAGGAAGAACACGAGGGCAGGUGGCUGUGGAAACACCUGAGUGUGGUCAUGAGGGUAGUAGGGUUACUGCCACUCGCAAGGAGACCAAGCUCAGGUGUCUUUAUACUAAUGCAUACAGCCUGGGUAAUAAACAAGAGGAGCUGGAAGCCAUUGUGUGUUCGGAAAGUUAUUAUAUAGUUGCCAUCAUGGAAACGUGGUGGAAUGACUCCCACAGCUGGAGUGCAGUGAUGGAGAGCUACCGGUUUUUCAAAAGAGACAGGCUGGGUAGGAAAUGCAGUGGUGUAGCUCUCUAUGUUUAAAAAAAAAAAAAAAAAAAAAAAAAAACUAUGAAUGUGUGGAAAUUAAUAAUGUUGACUAUAGGGUUGAGAGCAUAUGGAUCAGAAUAAAAGCAAAGGCCAACAAGACUGACGUUAUUGUGGGAGUCUGCUACAGGCCACCCAUCCAGGAUGAAGAGGUGGACAAGAUGCUUUAUAAACAGUUGGGUGAGGUCUCUAGGUCACUUCCCCCUUGUUCUGGUGGGGGACUUCAACUUCCCAGACAUCUGCUGGAAUUAUAAUAGAGCUGACAGAGAACAGUCCCGGAGGUUCCUAAAGUGUGCGGGAGAUAACUUCCUGACACAGCCAGUGAGGGAGCUGAUGAGGGGAAGGAAUAUCCUGGACCUGCUGUUUGUUAACGGAAAAGGUCUGGUGGGGGAUGUAAAGAUUGGAGGUCGUCUGGGGCAUAGUGAUCAUGAGAUACUAGACUUCUCUAUUCUUGUUGAGCCACAGAGGGGAGUCAGCAGAACUGCCACCUUGGACUUCUGGAGGGCGGACUUCAAACUCUUCAGGACCAUGGUUGAGAGGGUCCCUUGGGUAGCUUUGGAGAGCAUGGGAGCCCAGGAAGGCUGGGAAUAUUUUAAGGAAAUUGUUUUAAAGGUACAGGACCUGACCAUCCCCAUGUCACAGAAGAUGGGCCGACGGGCAAGGAGGCCGGGCUGGCUGAACAGAGACAUUUGGCUGGAACUCAAGAACAAAAGGGAAGCUUACGGUCUCUGGAAGAGUGGACAAGCUGUUUAUGAGGAUUACAGGACUUGUUUCUUGAGACCUAAUAUGGUGUUUCGGGUGGUACCAUGGAGUACUGCAUAUGUUUCAAGCCACCCAGUGGUUGCCUCCACCAUGGAGGCUUUGUGGUCAGCAAGGAGAUAUAAGUCCAUGCAAGUUCACCUGAUUCCUCUUCUUCAUCUGCUCUUUGCCGUCUGCACUUCGCCAUCUGUUCUUCAGUCAGUCAACUGGACUGCACUUCUCACCCCAGCAUUGUGGUGAGGUCUGUACAAUUCAGACAGACUCUCUCUCUCUCUCUCUCAUUGUAUUUUGGUAAUACUAUAUUUAGUAAAAUCAUUUGUUCCACCUCAGAUCAGUGCUGUUGUUUUCAAGUAUUUUGGGGUCCCCUGUUUCCCCAUUCCCAGAGGCGCAGAUCCGCAGAUCCUUCCACCCUGCUGGUCACAGAACUGGGCCGAACCAGCCCAUAAACCGUUAACAUUUUUGGUGGAGAAUGCGGGCAACAAUUGCUUUCUAGCUGUUUAGACUCUCUACUCUCGGAGAGCUUCAUUGGGAAAGCUUAUCUGUUUCACCGCUACUCUCUGAGAACGUGACCUUGAAAACUCCAGGCGGACUGCCAAUAACUUAGGAUAUUUGUAAACUCUGAGCUUUACCAUCUUGCCUCUGUUAAAAAAAAAAAAAAAAAAAAAAAAAAAAAAGCUUUCUGUUGUGAAACUGACUCUUAAAGGGCUGCACGCUGCUGCUUCUUCUUUUCUAAUGCUCAAAACAUACUGGGCAUUAAUUAAGCUUGCCACCUUGCUCUAUGGAGCAAUUGGCAUAUACAAUCAAUUGAAAACAUGGGUGGAAAUAUGGACCUGGCAUGUUCGUUCAAUGUGGCAUACAAUUCCGGAGACAGCUGUCAAUUUUACAGGACUGGGGAUUUUUAAGGUUUCCAGUCUCACCUUUUAGCCUGUAAUGCAGUUUUUGAAUGAACACCUAGUCGCAUUACUAAUCUCCCUGAAUGUAUUGCUCAUCAUUUCGCUCAGUAUUUAUUAUAUUUUGAGGAUGUCCUCCCCAAAACCGGAGAAUACUGAAUGGCAGGGAGUGUGGAAAGGUCUGGGAGAGACCUUAGACAGAUGGAAAUCUUCAGUCUCAUGGAACUUUACUCCAGAGCACCUGAAAGACCCUGAGAGUCUAAACAGCUAUUUAAGGUAGGAAUGUUGCGGCUUGGGCAGUUCUGAGGAGGCACAUAUGAUUUGGGGCCUGGCUAAUGCUUAUCGGGCCUUAUUCAAUACUAUCCUGGAGAGAGAGAGAGAGCUUGUGAAAUUGAAAGGGAGAGUCUCAGGGAAACAGUUCAAAAUGAGCGAGAGAGUCUCCUGCUCCAGAGGAAAAACCUCCUAUCUGAGAGAGAUGCCCUCCGAAGUGAGAGAGACUCCCUGCAAUCCAAACUCGACAAUCUUCAAUCUCAACAACACACCCUCCAAUCUGAGCUGGAUACUGUCAUAAUCGAACGAAACAAGCUCCAAGCUGAGCUCGAGGAUGAGAGCAUUGGAACUGAUCAACCUGAUCAACCACAGGAGGCACCACAAUCGAUGUCAGUUGCCCCUGUAAGAGGACGGAAAACGAAACGAAUCUCGACUCAGAAGAGAAGAAAGAGGAGGAAAGAGGUCCAGAGGAGUGGCUCCGAGGUCCAAGAGAAGCACCUCUGAGUCCAGGGGAGGGGCCCUCAGUAAGACCAUGGUCACCAACUCCUACGAGGGCAAGAAGUCCUGGAAGAGCAAGAGGUGAGCAAGAUAUCGUUACCUUUGUUGAUCGAUCUCUGAAAAUGAAUGAAAUUCGAAGUCUGAGAAAAGACUUCUCAUGUCACCCAAAUGAGCCUAUUGCUACUUGGUUACUUCAAUGCUGAGACAAUGGGGCCAACAGUGUGUGGCUAGAUAGUAGAGAAGCUCGCCAACUGGGUGGCAUUGCUAGGGACUCAGCCAUUGACAGAGGCAUUGGUACAUGCCAGAACCAGGCCUUCACCCUCUGGAAGAGGAUGUUGUUAGCUGUAAAAGAAAGAUACCCCUUCAAAGACGAUCUGAUGCCUGAGAAGAAGAAAUGGGCUGAUAUGGAAGAAGGCAUCCGUUAUUUGAGAGAAUGUGCUGUAGUGGAAACACUACAUAGCCCUGAUUUCAUUCCUGAUGAGCCAGACCAAGAGCAUGAUCCUGAGAGAGUCAGGUGUACACUAAAUAUGUGGCGUACAUUCACAAAGACUGCACCAGAAAGGUACGCCAGUACAUUUGCAGCUCUGUAUGGCAGAGGGGAAAGAAGACCCCUUAUAAAUGAAUUGGUUAAUAAACUUCAAGACUUUGAGUUACAUUUAAGCCCUCUACAAGCUUGUGUUUCAGCCACUGCAAAAGCAGCUGGACAGAAUGGAGAACAAACAAGAAGAUAGAACAGAAAAACUAUCAACCGUCUCCUUCUCUGGAGAUGUUCAAGACCUGCCUGGAUGCCUACCUGUGUGACCUACUGUAGGGAACCUGCUUUGGCAGGGGGGUUGGACUUGAUGAUCUCUGGAGGUCCCUUCCAACCCCUACAAUUCUGUGAUUCUGUGGGUGACUGGGGAUUCCCAAGAGCUGACUAUGUUGGAGGCCGAAAUCAGCCUCACUGGUAAAGACUGGCAAAGGCACCCUAUUGUGACUGGCCCAGGGGCUCCAUGUAUACUUGGUAUUGAUUACCUCAGAAGGGGAUAUUUUAAGGAUCCCAAAGGGUAUUGAUGGGCCUUUGGAAUACCUGCUGUAGACACAGAAGGUGUUAAGCAGUUGUCUGUUAUGCCUGGCCUAUCAGAAGAUCCGUCUGUUGUGGGGUUGCUACGAGCGGAAGAGCAACAGGCACCAAUAGCUACAAAAACAGUGCACAGACAGCAGUACCGCACCAACAGGGAUUCCUUGUUCCCCAUUCAGAAGUUAAUUCGUCAAUUAGAGAAUCAGGGAGUGAUCAGCAAAACUCACUCGCCUUUUAACAGCCCCAUAUGGCCAGUGCGUAAAGCCAGUGGAGAAUGGAGGCUGACGGUGGACUACCGUGGCCUGAAUGAAGUCACACCCUCAUUGAGUGCUGCUGUGCCAGAUAUGUUAGAACUCCGGUAUGAACUGGAGUCAAAAGCAGCUAAGUGGUAUGCCACCAUUGACAUUGCUAAUGCCUUUUUCUCCAUUCCUUUGGCCAAAAAAUCUAGGCCACAGUUUGCUUUCACAUGGAGGGGCAUUCAGUAUACCUGGAACCGUUUGCCCCAGGGGUGGAAACAUAGCCCAACCAUUUGCCAUGGGUUGAUCCAAGCUGCACUGGAACAGGGAGGUGCUCCUGAGCACUACAGUACAUUGAUGACAUCAUUGUGUGGGGCAACACAGCAAAGGAAGUUUUUGAGAAAGGAGAGCAAAUACUCUGGAUCCUUCUGCAUGCUGGUUUUGCUAUUAAGCAAAGCAAAAUGAAAGGACCUGCCCAGAAAAUUCAGUUCCUAGGUAUAAAGUGGCAAGAUGGCCGUCGUCACAUCCCAAUGGAUGUGAUCAACAAAAUCACUGCCAUGUCUUCGCUCACUAAUAAGAAAGAGACACAAUCUUUUCUGGGUGUAGUGGGUUUUUGGAGAAUGCAUGUUCCAAACUACAGCCUCAUUGUAAGCCCCCUCUGUCAGGUGAUGCGGAAUAAGCAUAAUACUGCAUGGGCUCCUGAGCAGGUCAUGGUUUUAUGAUUUUUGAUUAUCAGUAUUCCACAUCAUAAAAUCCCAGUGCACUACAUGAUGUUAAGAGUUAAUGCUCCAGUUCUGGGUACCUUUCCUGGAAAAAUAGAACUACAUACCUCAGAAGACUGUUAUCAUUCCUGCUCAGAUGGAACACGUAAGACCUCAAUAGGUCACCUGACGUUCCUCUUUUUCCAUCAUCAGGCUUGCUCACUGCUGCUUGUCCCGACUGCACACUGUUAGUGUAAGGUCUUCAGCUUUUUCGGACAUUCUCUCAUAUUUGAUUGAUUAGCUUCAAUUCUAAUUAUAUAGUAUUACAGUACAUUACCUUGCAUUACAAUACCACAUUUAGUUAGUUUGUUUCUCCUCAGAUCAUUGCUGCUGUUUUUACUUAUUC